GAGUUUGUCUAAAACGAUUACCAUUACAAGAAUUAAUAAAUGAGUUGCAAAAUCGGGGAAUUGACUAUGGAAAUCAAAAUAAGAGACAAAAGUUAGUAGAAAUUUUAGAUAAAGAAAUGAUGCAGGAAACUUUGAAAAAUGAAGGAUCACGUCUGAGAAAUCGAAGUAUGUUGAAUAAAGAAUACAACAUAAG